AUGUCUUCAAGCAAUCCGAGAUUAAGUAAACUUCCUGUUCAUAUUAAUGUCCUUAAUUCUCCGCGUAAAAUACGAUCUGCCACUGCUUCUUCCGCAAAAAAACUCGCUAGUAUUUCUACUUCUGGUAAUAAGAUUUUUAGUUCUGCUAACAACAACACUUCAUUAAAGAAAAAUGAGUCUUUAAAGAGAAAAAACAACGAUUCCGCAAAAGAAAAUGGCAGAAAUGUAAAAAAGGUGCCGUUUGAUUCUGACUAUUCAGCACGUGUUCCUUUGAAAAAAACCUCAACUACGCGCGGACGAAUACAAUAUCCACCUCCCCCCGCUCCUUUGCCAAAACCACCUUCCCAAAUUGACCUCCUAAGAGACGAAAAUUCUAAACUCAAAAAACAAUUUGAAGAGCUACAUAAAGAAAAAACUGAGAUAUCUGCUGAGAGCACACAACUUCAGAAUGAAAUUCAAGAGGAAGAACGUAUUGAAAAAGAAUACAUAUCAGAUAUUGACCGGAUGAAAAAGCGUGUAGCAAAUGAAGAGGCUCAUGUCAAGGAAAUUGAAGACAGCAUUGCGAUUCUUCAACGAAAUCGUAAUGUCAUGGUAGAAAACAAUUCUAAAUUAACUUCGGAAAUGAGAGCUUAUAGAAAUGAAUUGGAAAAGGCAAACGAAAGUAUUGCCGAACAAAACAAGAAGAUCAUAAAUAACACAAAUCAAAUUCAGGAGUUUACUUCUAAAUUACAAGAAUAUGAGCGUCUUCGUCGAAAACUUCAUAAUGAUGUUCAAGAUCUUAAAGGAAAUAUACGUGUUUUCUGUCGCGUUCGUCCAUUACUAGAGUCAGAAACGCAAAAUAUCGCCAAUUUCAAAUUUCCAAAAGAAAUACCAUUCAAUAGAAAAAUCUCCCUUGUAUCAACCAAGACAAAUUAUUUAGGUGAAAAAAAAGAAUCCCUUAAAGAAUAUCAGUUUGACCAGGUGUUUGAUACUUUAGCAACACAGAAAGACAUUUUUUCUGAGGUCGCACACAUCGUUCAAUCGGUUGUAGAUGGUUAUAACGGUUGCAUUUUUGCAUAUGGCCAAACUGGGGCUGGCAAGACAUACACAAUGACAGGCCCUGUUAAUGCAACCCCUGAAACCGAAGGGAUGAUCCCUCGAGCGGUCCGCUUAAUUUAUGAACUCAUUCAAGAUUUAAAGACGCAGUGCUGGAAAUUUACAUUGGAGGGACAGUUCAUAGAGAUAUACAAUGAUAACAUCCGGGACUUACUUGUUACUGAUCCGUCUAGUACAAAUGGCGUUAAGCAUAAAACAAUUCAUGAUGAACGGACUGGCACAACAAGAAUUUCAAAAGCCACUACUGUGGACCUUGAUUGUUCUAAUACACUCAAUCAAGCAUUAAAAACUGCAGCACAUAAUCGAGCGGUUGCAGCGACAAAAUGUAACGCUCAUUCUUCACGCAGUCAUAGCGUAUUCAUGAUUCGGUUAAAGGGAACAAAUGACAACUCAAAUGAAACUAGAAUUGGUUCGUUGAAUUUAAUAGACCUGGCGGGAUCAGAGCGACUCUCAAAAUCCGAAUCUAAGGGUGAUCAAUUGCAAGAGGCAAAGCAUAUCAAUUCCAGUUUGAGUCAUCUUAAAACUGUGAUUCAAGGAAUUAGGAAAGAUUCUUGCCAUGUAAAUUUUCGUGAUUCAACAUUAACAUGGCUGUUAAAAAACUCUCUCGGCGGUAACGCUAAAGUUCUUAUGCUGGUUAAUCUUUCACCUUUGGAAUCAUCACUAUCAGAAACUGAAAGUAGCCUUGAGUUCGCGCGGAUG